AUGGGGUCGAGAGGGAAGUUAGCCAUCGGAGAGGAACAGCCCGGGCUGGAAGCAGGUGGCAAGAAGUCCGAUGGGGGAGGGGUCUCAGGCGGCGCUGUCGAAGGCGUUUUGGGACCGGAACUGAUGGAACAAGGCGAAGCAGUAAAUGCAGAAGUGCAAAAGGAGUCCAAGUUGGAUCUGGACUACGGCGGUGUGGCGGCCGGCCAGCGUCCUAAUGCUGGCUGUGGUGGCAGUGUUAGCAACGGCAGGCGCGGCGGCCUGCCCUGUUCGGGCGGCGGCGGCACGGUGGUCAGCAACAGUGGCGGCGGCGGCGCAGGCUGCAGGCGUGGUGGCCUGCCCUGUUCGGGCGGCGGCGGUGUUGCGGUCAGCGCCGGCGUGGAGGGCCUCGUGCUCACAUCGACGGCACCUCCGGUUAGGUCUGUUCUGACCGGUGCAGCCGACGGUGGUGGUCAUCUCUUCCGUUAG